AUGAACACGAUGACACGCAGUCUCACGGCGCUGUCCAUGGCCGCUUCCGCAAUGGCGCAGAAUAUGUCGUACGGAGCCGAAAACUUCUACCGCAGCAAUAACGUGACUAUUCAGCCGGUUAGCUUCCCGAGUCAGUAUCAGAUGACUGUAGCGGGUAACCUCUUCUUUCUCAAGGACCUCGAUUGCAGCGCUGGCUGUCCAGCCAUUGUCAUCGGUCACCCAAUGGGUGCCGUGAAAGAACAAAGCGCGAAUCUUUAUGCCACAAAGUUAGCCGAACAGGGGUUCGUCACGGUCUCAGUCGACCUUCCCUUCUGGGGCUCCAGCGAGGGUGAGCCGCGCAAUGGAGUGUCACCCGAUCUCUACUCUGAGGCGUUUAGCGCUGCAGUUGAUUAUCUCGGCACUCAGAGCUCCGUCGAUCGCGAGCGGAUUGGCGGCCUCGGUAUCUGUGGCAGCGGUUCUUUCAUAAUCAGCGCGGCAAAGCUCGACCCGCGCCUUAAGGCCAUCGCCACGUCGAGCAUGUACAAUAUGGGAGCAUUGUCCCGCCAUGGGCUACAAAAUUCUCAAAGCGUCGGCCAACUAAAGGAAAUAGUCGCAGAGGCGGCUCAACAGCGCUGGACUGAAGUCGAUAGUGGCGAUAUCCAGUACACGAGUGGCGUUCAAAAUCAUCUCACGACGAAUUCUACAGCGGUCCAGCGUGAAUUUUACGAUUAUUAUCGCACCAAGCGUGGCGAAUUCACGCCUGUUGGCUCUAUACCGGAGCUCACUACCCACCCCACACUCUCCACAUUCACCAAAUUUGUGAAUUUCUACCCGUUUAGCGGUAUCGAGACGAUCUCACCUCGACCAAUGCUGUUUAUUUCGGGCGACCAGGCACACUCCCGCGAAUUCAGUGAAGAUGCCUAUUCGCGUGCUAGCGAGCCGAAGGAGCUUUUCUGGGUGCCAGGUGCAGGCCACGUUGACCUCUAUGAUCGCACUGAGCUUAUUCCAUUCCAAAAGCUCACUGACUUCUUCCGCCAAGGUCUUCUUUGA